AAAUGGAAAUUUUAUUGAUAAGACCUUUUCAAUUGUGGCCAAUAUCUUAUUACGAAUAAUUCCGACAACUUCAGGAGAAAAAGAGGCAUUUACUUAUUACAGAGAUG